AUGAAAAUAUAUGUGUUACACAAACAAGCGUAUGAUCAUGUGAGGGACACCAGAGCCAGCGUUGGGCGACUAAGGAUCGGCUACGUCAGCUCUGAUUUUGGUAACCACCCGACAUCUCACCUGAUGCAGAGUAUUCCAGGCUUUCACGACCGUAAAAAUGUAGAGGUAUUCUGCUACUCGUUGAGCCCUGACAAUGGACAACCUUCAGAGCAAAACUUUCUAGAGAAGCACACCACUUCAUUGACCUGCCUCAGAUACCAUGCAAUGGUAAAGCUGCCGACAGGAUCCACGCUGAUGGCUUACACAUCCUCGUCAAUAUUAACAGUUACACCAAGGGAGCAAGGAAUGAAUUGUUUGCCCACGGACCAGCCCCCAUACAGGUGAUGUUGCUAGGUUACCCCGGUGUCAUGUGGGAUUUGUAUCCCCCAUAGGAUAAGUACCCGGAUACUAAAACAGGCCAUAGGAUUAGUAUCCGGGUACAAUAUUUGGCCAUAGGAUAAGUAUCCGGAUACAAUAAAUGGCCAUAGGAUAAGUAU